AUGAAGACCACUACCAUCGCCAUCACUGUUGCCACUGCUCUCGCUAUCUCCACACCCACCCUCGUCAAAGCCGAGACCUGCGGUACUAUGACUCUCGUCUUUAAAUUGCUCCCGCUACUAUCUGACGCCAAGACGUGCGCCGACGAUACGGGAUACACCAUCUACCCAUUCACCGGCAAGCCCACAGAGCAGCAGAUGCCAGCAAUUUGUGCCAACCCGACGUGUACGGGUGUGUUGCAAGAUGCCAUCGACAGCGACCUGCCGGACUGCACGAUCGACUUUGAGGCAACGCAGCUGAACGUGCGAACGGAAUUGACAGCAUACGCCACGCGAUGUGGAGUGUCCGAGUCGCGCAAGAAGAUGCUACGUGCUUAA